GAACUUUUGUUCCCUUUACUUUCUUUUGACUGAUCAUCUCAGCUCUUUCCCAUCACUGUCGCAGCAUCUGAUCCGUCUUUCUUUCUUUUUUUUUUCUCCCCCCUUUCUUCAUUAUUUUGGCUCUUUCUGCUGCUUCCUUAUUGUCGAACUGCAUUCACUUCCAACCAGGGCUGUGUUGUGGGGGAGGGGAGGGGAGGGCACACAGCGCCAGACUCCACUUCAGCUCUACCACCAGCACCAUAUGCUGCUACUCAUAAACCAGCACAGCAGUUUGUCUCUUCCACCAAAGCCAGCCAAACCCAUGACUCCAAUAAAUGGCAACGGCAUCAAGGAGGCUCCCAGCAACUCCCUGCAGGAGGCCGAAUGGUACUGGGGCGACAUAUCAAGGGAGGAGGUGAAUGACAAACUUCGCGAUAUGCCAGAUGGGACCUUCCUUGUGCGGGAUGCAUCCACUAAGGUGCAAGGAGACUACACUUUAACACUGAGGAAAGGUGGCAACAAUAAGCUUAUCAAGAUCUACCAUCGGGAUGGAAAAUAUGGUUUCUCAGAUCCACUUACCUUUAAUUCAGUUGUGGAACUGAUUAGCCAUUACCGGCAUGAGUCAUUGGCCCAGUACAACACAAAGUUGGAUGUGAAGCUCAUGUACCCCAUCUCUCGCUACCAGCAGGAUCAGCUUGUGAAAGAAGACAAUAUAGAUGCUGUUGGGAAGAAACUGCAGGAAUAUCAUAAUCAAUAUCAGGAGAAGAGCAAGGAGUAUGACCGACUAUAUGAAGAAUAUACAAAGACCUCCCAGGAAAUCCAAAUGAAAAGGACUGCAAUUGAGGCCUUCAAUGAAACCAUCAAGAUCUUUGAGGAGCAGUGCCACACGCAAGAGCGCUAUAGCAAGGAGUACAUUGACCGUUUUCGUAGGGAGGGCAACGACAAGGAAAUCGAGAGGAUCAUGAUGAACUAUGAGAAGCUCAAAUCCCGUCUGGGUGAGAUCCAUGACAGUAAAGUCCGUCUCGAGCAAGAUCUCAAGACUCAAGCACUAGACAACCGGGAGACGGACAAGAAGAUGAACAGCCUCAAACCAGACCUUAUCCAGUUGCGCAAGAUCAGGGAUCAGUACCUUGUUUGGCUCAAUCAUAAAGGUGUUCGUCAAAAGCGAAUUAAUGACUGGCUUGGAAUCAAAAAUGAAAAUGCUGAUGAUGCCUACUUUAUGAAUGAGGAAGAUGAGAACCUGCCACACUAUGAUGAGAAGAGCUGGUUCGUGGGUGAUCUGAACCGCACGCAGGCAGAAGACCUGCUGCUGGGCAAGCCAGAUGGAGCCUUCCUCAUCCGUGAGAGCAGCAAGAAGGGCUGUUAUGCCUGUUCUGUGGUGGUGGAUGGGGAAGUGAAACACUGCGUGAUCUACAGCACCCCUCGUGGGUACGGAUUUGCAGAGCCCUACAACCUGUACAGCACUCUGAAAGAUCUUGUUCUGCACUACCACCAAACCUCACUGGUCCAGCACAAUGACUCCCUAAAUGUGCGGCUGGCCUACCCUGUCUACGCACAAAUGCCCUCUCACCGUAGAUGAGUUUUCCCUACCACAUACACACUAGCAUACCACACAUACACAUAGCAAGGGGAGGAUGGCAGCCAGACAAGCGCAAAAAAUGCUGCAGCACACACGUCAGCCACCUUGGAGUAUCUAUAUAUAUAUAUAUACGUAUAUAUACAUACAUAUAUAUUUUUACUAGAACUAUUUGAGGGCAUUCUUUCUAAAGACUGCUUGAUUUGCACAAGGAAGUUUUAACGUUUGUGAAUGUGAAACAAGAAGAAAGAAGAGCAGAGUUUACAGGUGACUUGCUGCCACUAGAACUCUAGCUGGGACUUUUUAAAGACUUUGUUUUGUUUUUUCUUCAUUCACCCGUUUUAACUGUGUUGUUGUUGAUGUUGCUGAUGUUGUUAGUGUUGAUGUUUAAUAUUUCUUGUUCACUCCUCAUCUAAUCACACCUUAGUAAAAGCUAAAACAAUGUAGCAUACAGAUGACAGACACCUUUCCUAACUUUUAUCAAAGUGAUGGCUGCUGAAUGAAGGGAAGGGGUUGGGCCAAAAUAGAAGAUGUUUUGCAGUCUUAAAGACAGACUUUUAUAAAUGCUAGCAGAGCACAGUUUUGUUCCCUGGCUUCAAUAUGCUGGACUCUAGAAAAGAAAGUCAUAUUUGUUUUAAAAGCUUCAGUAUGUAGACCAAAGUCAGAAUAAAAUAAGACCCACUGUAAUUAGGAAGGGAAGAAAAUGCAGCUUGAUUUAUGGCAAUAUCAUUAAUUUGGUACCACACAGUUGGGGCUGGUGCUUAUUCUUUAAAGCUCUUAGAAGUUUACUGACCAAAUUCUAGAUAUACUCAGUUCGAAGCACUUAUAUAAAACAAAACCAGCUGCAUGUUUUUACACCAAAUUUUAGAAUGUGAAAGAAGGUCUUUAUGUGGUUUAAAUGUAUAUGUAUAUGCUAGUCUUCAAAAAUAAAACUUCGGAUUUUUAUAUGCUUUAUUGAACCAAUAUAACACUUUAAAUGUAAAUAAAGCAGGAACAAUGAUGGGAAAAGAAACAUGCUUUUAGAAGAAGCUUGAAGAAAGUGCAAUCCAACAUGUAUUGGCAGUAAAGAGCUGCACUAAUCCUACUCUGGCAGAGAGAUCUGAGAUAAUCAAGUGCAACCUGAACCUUGCAAAAAAGGUGCAUGUGACUCCUGUCUGUUGGUACUGCAAAAUUCGACUAGUGGAGACUUUGUAGAAAUGGCUGGUCGUUCAUUCUGAGCUGCACAUUUUUAAAGAAUACAGAACCUUAAUUGGCACAAUGACUUUAUAUGCAGUAAUCUGACUGAAAUGGAAUUGACUUGUGCAGUGGGCUUGACUUCUGGUGGUUAAGAUGAUAAUGAGGUUCACGUGAACUUUAUAGCCAGCCCACUGAUGUUUAAGGCCAUGUUCUGAAGUGGAUGCAUCUGAACAAAUAGUGACCUUUCCCCUUCAUUUCUUCAAAUUCAUACAGGCUGUAAUGUGGAAUUUUGGGCCCCUUUUGAACAAACUGGUUAGAAAAGAUGACUUUUUGUACAAGCACUUGUCAUUAAACUAACUUCACAGAACCCCUCCCCAAACAAUGUUCAGAAAAAUUAUCCUGAAGCCCAAUAGUUUGAAAUCUGAUUUUUAUAUAAGAUCUUGAUCUUUUUUUAGUUUAGUGGUCAUUGUUCUCUGCAGAUCCAAUUGCAGCUUCUCAGCAGCUCUGUUUCAUUCAGGCAUAGUGUAUCUGGCCCAGAAAAAGCAGAGAAGUGAGACUGCCUGUACGGGAGGGUGCUAAUGGUCCAUGUGAUAGAGGUAGGUGCUUGGCUACCAAGGCGAGAUGGGCGAAUACCUGACUUGUGUGACCUUAUAGUAGUGGAGAGUGGCUUUUGAUCCUUUAGCUGCCCUCCUUCACUAUCCAUGGAGAGCUCUUAAGCAGUAGGAACACUUUGUCAUAGCAGGGAUUGAGCAUACCUGGCACAACCCAUCUGUGGGGCCUUGUUAGUCAGAAUUGUUGUACUGUCACAAAUUAUUUUUUUUAGCCACAAGAUAACAAUGAGCAUUGUAUGAACUGGUUGACCCAAGUUUCAGUUGCAUGGAUGAACUUGGUAUUUUUGUACCUAUCGUGGUUGGAGUUUAAGGGUCGAUUCUAAUGUUGAGCAGGGAAGGAACUCUGUUUCCUUCUCCUUGUGCCCCCAAGGGUAAAGGAGAGGUGUUGGCCUAGCCUUAUAACAUAAUCCUACUGUCUAGAAAAGGAUGGCUAGAAGGAAACUUCUUGACGGCGUGACUUGAGUUAUAAAAAUGAGAGCAUCUGGUGUUCUGCUCAUAACAGGAAAUAGUUCAGAAAUGGCUUGUCUUUUAAGUUGCUUUUAAAAAAAAAAAAAAAAAAAAA